AAAGCCUGAUCAAACAGCGGCGGCUCCGCCUGCUCUCCUGGUCCCGUCCAGCCCGGCGCUGCUGCAGGGCAACUUCCCAAGAGUGGCGCUGGGAGCUCUGCGGCGUGACACUGACACGCCUCGCUAAUCUGAGUUAAUGUUGUUUACAUGUACGUGGAAUAACAAAGAAGAACGUGUCUUCUGCCGGCCUCGGAACGGUGAAACCAAACGCAGGAGUAAGUGAACAUGUAAACCCUGCCCGGUAUAUUUGGUUGAGUCCAGAGUUCCAACAGAAGCAAGAUGGCGGACUGAGCAAAGAUACGCUGAACUUCACUUUUCUUACUCUAAACGUUUCAUCACUGUUUAGCUCCGGUUUCGUCCACUCCCGCUCCCGUCAGAUUGUUGUUCUUUCACAGCGAAUAUUGAUAUUCAUUCAGCCUGACAGACUGCUCUGUGACCACAGGUGGCUCUGUUGGAGAUGACCAGGCCGGGUGUCCAGAAGGGGUUUGACCCCAGCUGCAGACGAAUCAUGGACUGCCAGCACAGACACUGCUACUGAGAGACCACACAAACAUCUAGAAAAACACACACAAGCAAGACACUCGCUCAGCAAGUGUCCUGAGGGACAGAGCUUAACACGCUGACCGAGCUAUUGACAGCCGAAGCUGGAUGUCAGACCAGCUACACAGACGAGAUCACUGUGUGCUGCUGAGUGACAAAAACAGAAACUGCUGAGCCACAAAGCACGAAGGAUAGGAGUGUGUGUGUGUGUGUGUGUGUAUGAGUGUGUGUGUGAGUGAGUGAGUGAGUGAGUGAGUGUGCGUGCGUGCGUGCGUGUGUGUGUGUGUGUGUGUGUGUGUGUGUGUGUGUGUGAGAGAGAGAGAGAGAGUGUGUGAGUGUGUUCCUUUUCACAGAAGAAGCAACCCAAUCCUCUUAGACAGCAAGCUGAGGACAAGUGGGACUGAAAGAGGUGGAGGGCUGUAGAAUUUGAGAGUCUAAAAAGAGUGAGCCAGGGUAGCCAACAUCUCUUUCUUCUUCCUACAUCCUUUCCUCCCUUCAUCUAUCCAUCAGUUGUCCAUCCCUCCCUCCAUAUAUCCAUCCAUUAAUUUAUCGAUUAGUAUUUGUCCUGCAGGCCUAGAGGUGGAGAGCAGGUCAUGGACAAUGCGGGCCAUGGUGACCUAGGGUAAAUGGCUGCUACUCCGCACAGCUCAGCACGAGUAUCCACUGCUCAGUCCUCUUCCUCCAUUACCCCCUCCUUUCUCUCCUCCUCAUUGUCCUCUUCCUCCUGUCCUGCUCACCACUGCCACUGCUGCUUGCCACUGGGUCCUCUCACCCCCUUUCCACCACCAUGGUAGGUGCAGGCCUGGGUGUCUGGAAGCUAAUGCGUGGUGUUCGCCAGCUGGAGCUUCACCGCCUCAUCCUGGCACUUAUCAUCUUCUGCUUGCUGUCCAUGGCUUUCCUGGCUUACUACGUCUCAAACAGCCCCAAGAUCAAAGAAGCUCCCCCGCUGCCCUUCAGUGACUGUGGUGGAGGAGGGGGGAUGUCACCUGGGGGCAACAACGGGGGCACCGGAGGAGGGCCAGGAGGCCAGCGGGCACCUCUUUUCUUGCCCCCACGCCAGAGCCGACUACAUCAGGUCAAAACAGUGGACAACUCCCGCACAGAACCUGUGGUUCUGGUGUUUGUAGAGAGCAUCUACUCCCAGCUGGGCCAGGAGAUUGUGGCCAUAUUGGAGUCUAGCCGCUUCCACUACCGGACAGAGAUUGCUCCUGGUAAAGGCGAUAUGCCCACCUUGACAGAGCGCAAUCGUGGCCGCUACACGCUUAUUAUCUAUGAGAAUGUGUUGAAAUAUGUCAACUUAGAUGCUUGGAACCGAGACUUGCUGGACAAGUACUGUGCCGAGUAUGGUGUAGGUGUCAUUGGCUUCUUCAAAGCAAAUGAAAACUCUCUUCUCAGUGCCCAGCUCAAAGGCUUCCCUCUUUUCUUGCAUUCACACCUGGGACUCAGGGACUACCGUAUCAACCCCAAUGCUCCUCUGCUCUACAUCACCAGGCCCAACCAAGUAGAGCAAGGCCCCUUGCCAGGCGAUGACUGGACCAUUUUCCAGUCCAACCAUUCCACCUAUGAGCCAGUGCUCCUUGCUAGCACCAAGUCUUCUGAGGCACUGGCCCACCUUGGAUCUGGCCCCCUGCGAGCCCUCCAUGCCACAGUGAUCCAAGACUUGGGACUGCAUGAUGGCAUUCAGAGAGUUCUGUUUGGGAACAACCUCAAUUACUGGCUCCACAAGCUAGUGUUUGUAGAUGCCAUUGCCUACCUGACAGGGAAAAGACUGUGCCUGUCCUUGGAGCGCCACAUCCUGGUGGAUGUGGAUGAUAUAUUCGUGGGCAAGGAGGGCACCCGUAUGAAGGUGUCAGACGUGGAGGCCUUACUCAGCACUCAGAACAAGCUGCGAGCAUUGGUCCCUAACUUCACCUUCAACUUGGGCUUUUCUGGAAAGUUCUACCAUACAGGUACUGAUGAGGAGGACCGUGGGGAUGACAUGCUGCUGCAGCACAGGAAGGACUUCUGGUGGUUUCCUCACAUGUGGAGCCACAUGCAGCCUCACCUCUUCCACAACGUCAGCGUCCUGGCUGAGCAGAUGAGGCUCAACAAGCUCUUUGCUCAGGAGCAUGGCAUCCCCACAGAUAUGGGCUAUGCUGUGGCCCCCCACCACUCUGGAGUUUAUCCAGUUCACAGCCAACUGUAUGAGGCCUGGAAGUCAGUGUGGGGCAUUAAGGUGACCAGCACCGAGGAGUACCCCCACCUCCGGCCAGCCCGAUACCGCCGAGGCUUCAUCCACAGUGGGAUCCAAGUGUUGCCCAGGCAGACCUGUGGUCUGUUCACCCACACCAUCUUCUACAAUGAAUACCCAGGAGGCUCCAAGGAGCUGGACAAGAGCAUCAGAGGAGGAGAACUCUUCCUCACCGUCCUUCUUAACCCUAUCAGUAUCUUCAUGACCCACCUGUCUAACUACGGGAAUGACCGGCUGGGUCUGUACACCUUUGAGUCACUAGUGAAGUUUGUUCAGUGUUGGACCAACCUGAAGCUCCAGACCCUGCCACCCAUCCAGCUAGCUGAGAAAUACUUCCAGAUCUUCCCUGAAGAGAGAGAUCCCCUCUGGCAGAACCCCUGUCAUGACAAAAGACACAAAGAUAUCUGGUCUAAAGAAAAGACAUGUGAUCGGCUGCCCAAGUUCCUGGUCAUUGGACCCCAGAAAACAGGCACUACGGCGCUCCAUUCGUUCCUGAGCCUCCACCCAGCCAUCACCAGCUCCUUCCCCAGCCCCAUUACCUUUGAGGAGAUCCAGUUCUUCAGCGGACCCAACUAUGACAAUGGCAUUGACUGGUACAUGGAUUUUUUCCCAUUCCCCUCCAACGUCAGUACAGAUUUCAUGUUUGAGAAGAGUGCCAACUACUUUGACACAGAAGUAGCCCCUAAGAGAGCUGCUGCCCUGCUUCCCAGAGCCAAGAUCCUGGCAGUGCUCAUCAACCCAUCUGACAGGGCCUACUCCUGGUAUCAGCAUCAGAGGGCUCACCAGGAUCCUGCGGCCCUCAACAACAGUUUCCAUGCAGUGGUGACAGCAGGCCCCUCAGCCCCGAGGGACCUGCUGACCUUGCAGAGACGCUGCCUUAAACCUGGAGCUUACGCCACUCACCUGGAGCGCUGGUUGCAACACUACCAGCCCAGCCAGUUGCACAUUGUGGAUGGGGCCCUGCUGCGCUCCAACCCAGCACUAGUGAUGGAUGGAAUCCAGAGGUUCCUUGGCAUUACUCCCAUCUUCAACUACACCCAGGCCUUGACGUAUGAUGACAGCAAAGGGUUCUGGUGUCAGCGGGUGGAAGGAGGUCGAGCCAAAUGUUUAGGGAAAAGCAAAGGCAGGAAGUACCCAGAAAUGAGCCCUGAGUCACGUGCCUUCCUGGCAGAGCAUUUCCGUGAACACAACAUGGAGCUGCUGCGUCUGCUGAACCGACUGGGUCAACCCCUGCCAUCUUGGCUCCGCCACGAACUCCAGAGCACCAGCUGGAGCUGAGGCCAUGGAUAAAGCCAGGACGACUGUCUGUGGCUGAUCUGGAGUCUGGUUCUGGACUAGGCUGGACUUCCUGAUGUGGAAUAAACAGGACCCCACACACCCAGAGAAAAAGCUCCAACAUUAUAGCUGUUGUGAGCGGUGCUGCCAUACCUUUUCAAUAAGACGGAUACUACAGUCCCAGUGGCAAUAGGUAGACUUUUUUUUCUGACAGUGAGCUAGAAGGGUUCCUCCUUCCCCCCUAACCAAUGGCCAGUCUCUAUGGAGGAGGAUUAUCCCAACCAGCACUCCCUUGACACUGUCAGAAACCUCAUGGGGGACCCGUAGUCUUGAUGGGUGAGGGUGGGUGGCCCCCCCACCCUGAAACAUCAUCUUCAUCCUGGAUCCCGGCGAGUGGCUGAGCAGCAGCAGGUUUGGGACAUUCAAGUGGGAGAGCCUUAAUGUGGUAGUAACUCUUACUGUUAAGAAGCGGAGACUGACCUCACAAGACAUACUGUGGAUAUGGAGCACAUGACUGAAAACAGGAAUUAUGUGCACAAAACACAGGAAACCAGCAUUUCUUGGUUCUCCUGGGGGGAAAAUGAUUGUAAAGCAUACAUUUUACAAAGCUGUUGUAUAUUUUGAGCUGCAGCAGGUGGUAACAGAAUAGACAGCAGACUAAACUAGACAGUAAAGUGUAGAGUUUGUGUCCAGAGGGUCUGCGUCUCCCCUCUCCUCCAUCUCCACUUUUCUUUUUUCUAGACACACAUUGAUACAUGGAAGUACAGCUGACAGACCAGCACUGCUGCGUUCUCUGUUGAUGCCUUUUUGCCUCACUCUUUCCUUUCUGUCCAAAAUCAGCACAUUAUGAUGUAUUUAACAUCAUGGUGGGUCAAUACAGAUGAAGAGGCUUACAUUUGGUUCACAGUGAAAACCUUUCAUAAGCCCUGUGAAAGGUAGCCUCUGCCUUUCACAAGCAUUUAAACCUGAGCACAUUCACUCUGUAACAAACAUGGGGAGAAAAGUGAGGGACAAAUCAGCAAGAAACGAGCAGAAUUACCAAAACAUUAUUUUUAAAACAAAAAAUACACAAAAAAAUAUUAGAAAAUAAGCCAAAAAACGAAUUCCCUCCAAAAUGUUCAAUAAAAAUAAAGUGGAUUUUGUUAAGACUGAAAGCUCCUGGGUUUCAAAGUUAAACACAAGAAAUCUGAUGUCAAUCCAGCAUCAUUAAUUUGACAUUUAAAUAUAUAAUUUUAGUAGUUCAAAUAAAGUUUUCUUGUUAAAGAAAAAAAUGCAGGUUUUGGUAGUUUUUACUAAUUGUCUUUGUCCCAUAUUUUUGAAGACAAUCCGAUGAAAUUGCUCACGUUUUAAAGUUCAACAUGAUGUGGAUUAACAGAGGGUGGGGAAGAAGCAGCUCUCAUCUGUGAGCUGCACUGUUCCUUCCAAAGUAAGAGGAGGGGAGUAUGCAGAGAGAGAAGUUGCUAUGUGUCAGAUAAGCUAAUGAGUAAGCAACACAAAUGUAAACCCAGUUCACCCCACACACUCUCCGUCAGGCUUAGCAAGAGAACACGGGUGGAAGAGUGUUGGAGAGGAAGAGACGACACGGAGGAGAAGCGUUACGGAGCAGAAGAAUCACGAGCUGCUGUCUUGUCUGUUUAUUUUGUAUAAACGUAGAAAGAGGUCAUUACUGUAUCAUCUCUAAUAAAUACAUAGAGAGGUUGGAAA